AUGGACAACAUAGCCGGCUCGGAAUGGCUGGUGUUCAUCGUGAUGAUGCUCCAUCUUCUGCUCACCCCCGGCACUAAGGUAGAAGAAUCGUUCAACGUGCAGGCCACCCACGACCUCAUAUACCACAAUAUCGCACUCGAAAAUUAUGACCACCACGAAUUCCCGGGUGUGGUCCCUCGGUCGUUUUCGGGCCCGGUCUGCCUGGCCCUCUCCUCCCUCCCUGCCCGCCCGUUCUUCUGGCUCUUCGGUCUCCACAAGGUGUGGAUGCUCGUUUUUGUCCGUUUCGUGCUCGGCUCGGCAAUCGUGAUCGCGCUGCUCAACUUUUGCCGCUGCUUCCACUUCCUCUUCUACGCGUCGCGCACACUCCCGAACGUUUUCGCCCUGUUUGGAGUGCUGUUCGUCUACCAGAAAUGGCUGGAUGGCCAUCUACAGUCUGCCGUCCGCUGGGCCACCGCUUUUACAUUCGUUUUUCGAUUCGAGCUCGUGCUCCUGUUCGCCCCUCUCUUCCUCCCCUCGAUUCUCCGGGGCCAGCUCCCGCUUUUCGGCGAGAAUGGCGCAAUUUACACCGGUAUUUCCACGGCAUUAAAGGCGCUAGUUGUUACCGUACCCGUGGACUCGUUGCUGUGGGGCUACCCAAUCUGGCCCGAGGGGAUGGUCAUCAACUUUAACCUGUUGCAGAACAGAAGUCACGAAUAUGGGGUCUCCCCGCUGCUGUGGUACUUCUACUCGGCCCUCCCGCGAGCCCUGCUGUCUUCAAUCGUCUUCAUUCCCCUCGGGUGUCUCAUCGAUAGAAGGCUGCCCCCUCUCCUUCUACCUGCCUUCAUCUUCAUCUCGCUCUACUCGCUGCUCCCCCACAAGGAGCUCCGCUUCAUCAUCUACGCCUUCCCCCUUCUCAGCCUCCCCGCCGCCGUCUUCACUGCUAGAAUGUGGAUCAACAAGGAGAAGAGCUGGCGACGAUGGGCCCUCGCCUGGGGGGCGGCCAGUCAUUUGGCCGUCAAUGCCCUCAUUUCCGCCUUCAUCCUCUACGCAUCGGCCAGGAAUUACCCGGGAAAUGAUGCCGUCGCGUAUCUGCAGUACAUGCAACGAAUGGACGCCGCGAAACCCCUGACGCUUCAUAUGGACGGGAUGACGUGCCAGACGGGGGUCUCUCGAUUCCUCCAUCUCUAUCCGGAUUGGGAGUACAACAAAACCGAGAAUCUGACGCCCGCCCAGCUGGCCCGCUUCGACUUUCUCGCCGUCGGGUCGUAUGACGGGAAAUUGAGGGAGCUCGUCCAGGCCAACUACACCUCGACGCACCGUGUCCUGUUCGUCGUGCCCGCCUUCCACGGCGUCACCUGGAGAAAGCUGAAAGGGCCGUCGAUUGGCCGUUAUCUGCCCUUCCCCCUCGCCUACCCCGAGAUCCAAAUCACCGAGAAGAUUGCCGUGUUGCGGAGGAAGGAC